AGGGACUGGCCAUGUAAAUACAUGAAAUUUAAUUCCGAAAUCGAUAAUAUAGAAACACCGGGAAGCAGAAGAGCUGCGAGAACGGAGCAGCCAUGAAAGGCGGCGAAGAAACAGAGAAGAAGAACGGAAGUGAACAAAACACUAAUAACAAAGUACUCGAGAAGGUCGGAGAAGUCAUCGCUACGAUCAAUGAAGCCAAAAACGUUGACCAAGUCAUUUGCGCACUCCACUCUCUCGCUGUCCGCCUUUUCUCUCUCGAGUCCCGCUCAUUCGCCGGUAGCAUUGACAAAGAGUAUAGAGAUGUGAUUAUCGGAGCAGAACUUCCUUCAGUACCUGAAAGAGAUAACUGGUGGCAGGUGUUUUAUCAAAGCACUGCGUUUCCAACAAUGGCUAGAGUGUUGUUACUUGACGUUGCUUUGAAUUGGCUAACCUGUUUCCCCAUUUCUGCAAAGAAACAUUUGUAUGAUGUAUUCUUUUUAAGUGGCUGUGUCUCAGAGGUUGUGCAAACUUUAGUUCCAUAUCUACAACAUCACUCAAAUGGGAUACUUGAAACCACUGUCUGCUCAAAUACUGAAAGAUUACUUGCACUAUGCUUGCUUGAAAAUGAUGGGGUACUCCAGUUGGCUAGAGAUUUUUCUCACCAAUCUAAAGAUAUAAAUCUUGAACAACACAAGGCUGCAAUUUCUAGAGUGGCACAGCUUGUUACAUCUGUCCCUGAUAAAGCACGAUUGGGAGCUUCCACCUUACUUUCAUCACACUUAUAUGUCAAAAGGAUUACAAUUCAACUAAUUCAGGGAGCAGAAGAAUGGAACAAGAAGUAUUAUGAUGAAUUAGUUAACUAUAAUGGAAGUGAUUUCAAUGGUUCUAUGCUAUUUAUUGGGGAUGCUUUUGCUCGUAUUUGUAGGCGUGGGUCUGCAGAUGUGCUAAUAAGUGAAGUGAUCCCACGAAUUGUUACUCAAGUUCAAAGCCUUUUACAGGAAAAGACUGAUUUGUCCAUUGUGGAAGUUUUUAAAUCAAAACCUGGUCUACAGUUUUGGUCAAAGAUAAUGGAGGCAAUUAAAGAUUCAUAUGCUGUAGAAAGAAUAUCUGAACAGCUUUUGCAAAAGCUAGCAACUCACGACAUAAAUGAUGUUGAAGGUUACUGGAUUCUUUGGUUAUUGUUUCACCAGAUUUUUGAACUCCAAACAUCCAUCAAGUCGAUGUUUACAGAGAGAUUUUUACUCUGGAAAGUGUUCCCUGUUUGUUGUCUGAGAUGGAUCCUUCAGUUUUCUGUUCUUCAAUCCCCUCCUGAUACCACACUCAAGGGCAAAACUGGAAAUCAUCGCAAUCUAUUGGAUGCCACUCAGCGUGUUCUUGCAGUAUGGUCAAAGCGAGAGUUUGUACAGUCAGCACCAGUAGAGCAACAAGCAUAUUUAACAGCAGCAGUUGGGCUUUCCUUAGAAAAGCUAACAAAAGAAGAUUUAGAUGGUACUAAGGAUGUAAUGCACUUGAUUCUUCAAGGGGUUAGCUGUAGGCUGGAAAUCCCUUCUCAUUUUGUACGCAAGAUGGCUAGCAGUGUUGCUUUAGUCUUUUCAAAAGUGAUUGACCCUAGCAAUCCCCUGUAUCUUGAUGAUACCUGCAAAGAGGAGACUAUUGACUGGGAGUUCACAUCAACAAAUGCUGACGUGGCAACAUCUAAUGACAAAGAAACAGACAAAGACCAAAGAACAACAUCUAAUGGUCGUAUUACAUCGGUAUCAGAAAAAACUUAUAAAGACACAAAGAACAACAAAUUGAUGGGAUUGGAACUAAUUGAUCCAGAUGAAGUUAUUGAUCCUGCGACAUUGAACAAUGAGGAUGCUUCUGAUGAUGAUAAUGAUUCUGAGAUUUCUGAAACUUCCAGUGAAUCCUCUUUACAACCAUAUGAUUUGUCUGAUGAUGAUUCUGACUUGAAAAAGAAUUUCUCACAGUUGAUUGAUGUUGUUGGGGCUCUAAGAAAGUCUGAUGAUGCUGAUGGUGUUGAAAGAGCACUUGAUGUUGCUGAAAGCCUUAUUAGAGCAGCUCCAGAUGAACUUUCAUUCAUAGCAAGUGAUCUAGUCAGGGCGCUUGUCCAGGUUCGUUGCUCUGACUCAACUUUGGAAGGGGAAGAAGAAUCAGCUGAAGAAAAGAGACAAAAAGCAUUGGUUGCCUUAAUUGUAAAUUGUCCAUUAGGAAGUCUUGAUCCGAUACAUAAACUCCUAUAUUCACCGAAUGUAGACACGAGUCAACGGAUAAUGAUUCUUGAUGUCAUGACAGAUGCAGCACUCGAGCUUUCUCAUGCAAAAACCAGUAGACAAAAGCACCGGUCAACCCCCCCAAAUCUUGACCACUUCAGAAAGUCAACCAUGGUUCUUGCCAAGUAGCAUAGGGUCUCAGGGUGCAAGCCCAUGGAGAGAGAUCUCAGCAUCUCAAUCUCCAUUGAGUUUGACUUAUUCCUACGAGAGAGAUCUCCCGGUCAAACCCGGUCAACACAGGAGAGGGAAGUCACGGAGGUGGGCCCACAAAAACGUAGUACAAGAUGAUGAUGUGGAAUGGUCGCAGAAUAAGUUUCCUCCGUUUGCAGCUGCGUUUAUGCUUCCAGCUAUGCAGGGGGUUUGACAAAAAAAGUCAUGGAGUUGACUUUUUAGGUAGGGACUUUAUUGUCCUUGGAAAACUUAUUCACAUGUUGGGUACUUGUAUGAAAUGUUCAGCUAUGCAUCCAGAAGCAUCCACUUUAGCACUUCCGUUACUUGAUAUGCUGAGUUCCAGGGACAUAAGUCGUCAUGUUGAAGCAUAUGUUCGUAAAUCUGUACUUUUUGCAGCAUCAUGUAUAUUGGUGGCUGUUAAUCCUGCUUACGUGGCAUCUUCACUGGUUGAAGGAAGUAGUGAAAUGUCCAGAGGGCUUGAGUGGGUACGCACGUGGGCCAUAUCUGUAGCUGAGUCAGACACCGAUAAAGAAUGCUACAUGAUGGCAAUGGCAUGUCUUCAACUCCAUUCAGAAAUAGCUCUCCAAACAUCCAGAGCAUUAGAGUCAUCAGAUACGAAUACCAUUUGCUAUUUGACCCUAAAAUGUGUAUGA